UAUAAGUGAGGGUAGAAAAGUCUCACCGCCACAAAAUUACCGCGCCCCAUCGUGGUCCUGGGCGUCAGUUGAGCCAGCACCAGAUACGAAAAAGAAGUUCCUGAUCGGAAGCAAGGAGAUAAACAUAAAAUUAUCAGAGACGGAACAGCCUUGGGUCUGUACAGCCACUGUUAUUGAGGCAUCUGUUGAGACAAUGGGGUCGGAAUUUGGGUCUGUUUCUGGCGGGUACAUUGUCCUUCAGGGGCCAUUAAUCAAGGCCUGUCUUUCUAUGAACAUGAUCGAUCUGUCGAAUCGUCUCACGGAAGAACAGGCUUUAGAGUUCGUACCAGGCGGGAAGUUGCGAUUUGUCCAAAAUCGUGUUACGGUACCAGGGGGUCCAACUGUGGCAACCAUGGGGGCAUAUGCACAUUUGUCGGUGACCAGGGCUCUACUUGAUGAUGUUAUCCCAACUGUGCUGGCUGAAGAGGUUGUCGAUAUUUACCUUUCAGUCUUCUACUGCCGCUUUAAUCGUGAUGGAAGCCCUGUUGGCCAAGCAUUGGUUCUUGUUAGAGGCAUCGAGAAAGGAGAGUUCCGUCGAAUUGGCCAAGUUGGCAUGACUGGAGAGACCAUAGAGCCCUGGGCUGAGAAUAGGGAUUUUAGUAAGUUUGCGCCUCUUACAGAUGACGAAGAAUUUCUCAGUAUGGGGGAUCGACCUGGGAUCUACAACUAUCGAAUUGUCUAGUCUAUCAUUAAGCAGCUUCAUUAGGAUUCAUCGCCAUCCCGUCCAGGCCAUAGAAGCUUCCUGCGAAUCACCGCCGAGAUCAUUCCAUAUAAAACAACGAACCACAUGAUCACGAGCAAGAUUGUCAUUGCACUUGACACCCACUUAAUCCCUUCACUCUGCAAUUCCUC